UCCCUCCAGCAUUGCAAGCUGCGAGCUCCGAGCUGCUAGUCGCACCAGCGCUGAGCACCAGCACCCAGAGCUACUACCAUGGCCUACUGCCGGCAGGAAGGGAAGGAUCAAGUCGUAUUUGUGACCAGAGACGACCACGAGGGUCCCAGCAAUGAAAGCAACGCAGAGCUGGUGGUUGGCAACUCCAAUGACCCCUACGAGGAGUACGGGUUGAUAAUGCCAAACGGAGAAAUUAACUGGAAUUGCCCGUGCCUUGGGGCAACAGCCAGCAGCCCCUGUGAAGAAUACUUCAAGUCGGCCUUCCCCUGCUUCCACAACAGCCCCGAGGAACUCGAGGAGUCCGGCAGUAUAGACGAGUUCCAGGCCAUGCAGGAGGGCAUGCAGAAAUACCCAGACGUCUAUGCCCACGAAGGGGAGAAUGAGGAGGACAACGACGACUUCUACGAAGAGGACGAGGAGGGCGAGGAGGAGGAGGAAGAGGAUGAGUACUAUGUGGAGGGAGGAAGAUGA